AUGCAGAGAAGUUUAUGAUGUUCCAACAGCUGCAAAUGUUUUGUUUGUUCCUGAACUUUGUCUGCAGUGCCUUAUUACACUGGAAGCUCUCUGACCUCCUAACAGCUCCACUUCUAGUAUAAAGGUAUGAGCAGCUGUGCUCUCCUGCAUUUCUCUCAGAAUGGAGUCUGUGCUGAAAUAUUUAGACUGGACGUCGGUGGGCUUGGCCCUGCUGGGUGGUCUGCUCACUCUGCUUCUGCUGGAGAUGUUCAGGUGGAAUUCCUCCAGGAACCGAAGCCCCCCUGGACCCAAACCACUGCCCUUCGUGGGUAACCUGCCCCAGUUUUCAAAGGAUCGAAUGGCCUUCAUCAGAUUGUUGCCGAAAUAUGGUGAGAUGUGCUCCAUAUACCUGGGCAGGAAGCCAACGAUCAUACUGAACAACAUGCAGCUGGCAAAGGAAGCUUUUGUUCAGAAUGGGACCGUGUUUUCUGGGAGGCCGCUUCUGCCUUUACAAGCAUGGAUCACCAAAGGCUAUGGUAUCAUCUUGGCCAAUUAUGGUCACUCUUGGAGGCAGCAGCGCCGCUUCGCUCUGCACACACUGCGUGACUUUGGUCUGGGAAGGAAAACUGUGGAGGAACGUGUGGCUGAGGAGGCGCAUUACCUCAUCAAGGAGAUGCUCAAACAAGAAGGGAAGCCUUUUUAUCCCAUCCACCAAUUCAUGAAUGCAGUUUCCAACAUAAUCUGCUCCAUCAUCUUUGGAGACCGCUUCGAGUACGACGACAAGCGCUUUGCUAAGCUGCUAGAAAUUCUGAAUGAAAACUUUCGGCUUGGAGGAACACUUACGGCGCAGAUCUUCAACUUGGUCCCAAUUAUAAAACACUUUCCAGGGCCACAUCAGAAGAUAUGGAAUAAUGUCGAAGCCUUAAAUAAAUUUAUCCUUGAAAUUGUGGAGGAGCACAAGAAGACUCUGGAUCCAGACAACCCCCGGGACUUCACUGAUGCCUACCUGAUCCAGAUGACCAAGCAAGAGGCAAAGGAAGACUCUACAUUCCAUGUGGAGAACAUGAUGAAGUCAGUCCUCGACCUGUUCGUAGCUGGGACGGAAACUACAGCGACCACCCUCAGAUGGGGCCUCGUUUACAUGAUGGACCACCCUGACGUGCAAGAGCGCUGCCAUGAGGAGAUCAUUCGGGUGCUGGGUUUUGACCGCUCUCCCUGCAUGGAAGACCGCACACAGCUCCCAUACACUUACGCCACUGUUUAUGAAAUCCAGCGCUGUGCUAGCAUCACUCCUCUUGGCCUGAUUCACCAAACCACUGACCCAGCACUGCUACGAGGAUACCACCUUCCCAAGGGAUCUAUAAUCAUGGUCAACUUAAACGCCAUCUUAACUGACAAACAGCACUGGAAGUAUCCAGACACGUUCAACCCAGAAAACUUUCUGGAUGAAAAAGGACAGUUCUGCAGAAAUGACGCCUUUCUGCCGUUCUCUUUGGGUCCGAGGGUGUGUCUGGGUGAGUCUCUAGCAAAGACAGAGCUUUUCAUCUUCUUCACCUCUCUGAUCCAGCGCUUAAAGUUCUCAUGGCCUCCUGGAGCUCCACGCCCAAACAUGGAUGGCACUGUGGGCGUGGUUCGUUCUCCGUGCCCCUUCAGUACCAUCUGCCGCAGCAGAGAGACGACUCACUGAAUCAAGUUUGCCCUUUACAUGUGAAUGGACAACAUCACCCCAGGAGAAGUUCCUCUUCAUUAACACAUCUAAUCAAUCUCAAUAAGAACACAUUAUCAAGCUCUUUCUUUCUACUAGGACCAAUAAGUGGUGAAUGUACAAUACAUGAUAUUCCACCAAAACAAAGGACUUAUAUGGUUUAAAAGGAAUGUUGAGGAAAAAGGCCAGUUCUAUAAUAUUAUAUUGUGGCCCAAACCUCUUAGUUUCAAAACAAAGGUUCUGACAAGACAAAUGGAAAAGAUAUAUGUAAGAUUCUUCAUUUAUGAUUUAUUACUGCGGAAUUAAGAAGAAUCAAAAGUAAAAUAAGCCCCUUAUAGACACCAGCUCACAGUUAAAGGUUGGACAAUGUAUUUAAUGUUUAAAAUACAAUUAAAGUGCUCUAUAAAAUGUUUAAUUGAUCAUAAUUUCUGUUUAAUAAAGUAUUUUUCUACUUUCACUACAAUUAUUAGGACAACUGAACAUAUUAGCCGGGUCAUUAGCAGAUAAUGAAUUGAGAGAUUACUGGAUUCUUGCUUUUAAGGCUUAAUAAAGGCAAAUUAAUGAACCUUUAAAAUAAUAUGCAAAAGUUUGAAAUGUAUAAUACAUGAAUAAAAAAGUGCUUCAUUCAAUCUAUUUACUGCUUAAUAAAGUAGCAGUAAGCAGACAGUUAAUUAGCAGCUACUCACUUGAUAAGGCUAAAAAGCCUUAUAAUGUCCCCCUACACUGAAGUGUUACUGAAACCACAGCUUUAAUAAGUGAACUCAUUUCUUGACAGGUCUCUCAGUGAGAGUUCUGGGCUGAAGGGAAUGCUGGUGAACAGUGACCUAAAGAGCUAGUUUGAAAGUUUGAAAAUCAAAUGAAUUAAUGCCAGCAGCUUGGAUCAUGUCCCAAAACUAUCAUUUUCCACCUCCACAGGAUUUAAAAAAGAGAGACAUACUUUCUUUUAUUUCAUUCUGCUUGUAUUGUUUUGUUGUAUUUUGCAGUGUGUAGCAGUUUCAGCAUGUAUGUAGCAAUAUUGUAUAAUUCUGACUCUUUAAUGACUGUGUAAUUCAGAGAGUAGAGUGAUGAUCGGGGAUGUAUGUACGCCAAACAAUUUUUGUUAAACAUAUUUGUUUAUCACAGGGUGCAGCACUGGUGAUUUCCCAUAGAAGAAACCUAUGAGUUACUAUUUUCGGCACAUAAGAUUGAGAUUGAACAAGACUUUGAGCUGAACUCCUGAUCUUCAGGGUCAAAUUUGUUCCAUGCAGAGGAUACAUUAACUUCUUCACUCUUACAAAAUCAAAAAUCAACCAGGGGUGCCCAAAAUGUUCCUUGUGUAAACAAUCAAUACUAGACCUGGAAGACUUCUUGUCUUCAUGUAUGUUACCAGGACCAACCUGGGAUAAAUGCACAUGAUUUUCUACCAAAAUAAUAAGCACAGUAGUUAGUUUUUUAUGCAUUAUACAUUAUAGCUGUCUUAUACAGUUUAAAAUAUAUGCAAUUUCCAUAAUAGAUAAAUAAUGGUUGUAUAACUUUAUGUAGCAUAUGUGUUUUUUAUAUAACUACUAAUAUUCUUUAAGAAGUUUUACCCAAACAUUUGCUAGGUUGCUUGAGAUUUACACUGUCUGCUUUGCUUGUUGUGUUGGUUUCUUGUUAAUAAAGCAGAUUAUUUGA